AUGGCAGAGAAGUGUCCCUUCCACAAUCAAGCCAACGUGGCCGGCAGUGGCACCCGGAACCGCGACUGGUGGCCAGACCAGCUGAAGCUGAACAUCCUCCGUCAGCACACAGCAGCCUCAAACCCACUGGAUCCCGAUUUUGACUACGCGGCGGCUUUCAACAGUCUGGAUUACUAUGCCUUGAAGAAGGACCUGCAAGAUCUGAUGACCGAUUCCCAGGACUGGUGGCCAGCAGACUUUGGUCAUUACGGUGGCCUCUUCAUCCGCAUGGCCUGGCAUAGUGCGGGUACCUAUCGCACCUUUGAUGGUCGUGGUGGUGGUGGGCAAGGUCAACAACGGUUCGCGCCUCUCAACAGCUGGCCGGACAACGUGAGUCUCGACAAAGCUCGACGCCUGCUGUGGCCGAUUAAGCAGAAGUAUGGCAACAAGAUCUCCUGGGCGGACCUGAUGAUCUUGACGGGCAACGUGGCCCUAGAGUCGAUGGGUUUCCAGACAUUCGGAUUUGCCGGUGGCCGUAAGGAUACUUGGGAAGCAGACGAAUCGGCCUACUGGGGUGGUGAGACCACUUGGCUCGGGAAUGACGUGCGGUAUUCCCACGCUCUGCCGGAUCUUCCAAGCACGGGACUGUGA